CCAGCCAAGCUUGGCGCUAACCGAGUAGGCGAUUUCACUUCAUCACUUCACAAAAGACUUCCAAAUUCACUGCGGCAGACACGGCAAAAUAAAAAUGUUAAAUACAUCCUGGCUGGGAGGGGGCUGAAGUCUCCAGGCUCAAUCAAAGGUUUGCAGUAAUAGGAUUCAUAAAAAAAAAAAAAGAAAGAAAAGAAAAGAAAAGACAGAUGGGAUUAGAAAAUGUUGCAGCGAAGACUGGAAUGAGAUGAGAUCACAGCACCAGCCUGUCUUUUGUGGACCUGCACAAUGAUACAAUGAUUCCCUGUGCCACACUGGAUUAGGAAACCUCGCGACCAGGGGGGUUCAGAGAGAGACCUCCGGUUCCCAGGCACUUUGGGGGAGAGAAGGCUGAAACGAUGCAUCAGAUUUACAGCUGCAGCGACGAAAAUAUAGAAGUUUUCACCACUGUGAUUCCUUCCAAGGUGUCCAGUCCAGCCAGAAGAAGAGUCAAAAGCUCUCAACACCUCUUGGCCAAGAAUGUGGUGAUCGAAUCGGACCGCUAUCCGCCCCGACCCCUGGAGCUGCUGCCACUCCGCGGCGACCGCCGGGACGGCGAGGGCCGCAGGUCGGGCCGGCUCCAAAGCCCGUGGCAGCAGGGACCCCACCCUGCCAAGACCCCUGCCAGACCCGUGGGCAUUGCUGAACCCAAAUCAUCAAAUCUGUGUGGGAGUCGAGCCUAUGGAAAGUCUUUGAUUCCUCCUGUGGCCCGGAUCUCCGUGAAAGCCCCCGCCACUGUCCUGGAGGCAGCAGUCACAGGCUCAGAGAACAGAACUGUUCUGACAAGAGGAUCCAGACAUCUCAAGAAGAUGACUGAAGAGUAUCCAACCGUUCCCCAGGGAGCGGAAGCCUCCCUACCACUGACAGGAAGUGCUUCCUGCAGUGUCCCCAGCAUCCUCCGGAAAAUAUGGAUGAGACACAAGAAGAAGUCUGAAUAUGUGGGAGCUACCAACAGCGCCUUUGAGGCCGACUAAGGGUGCGCCUCCCCGGGUGCCCUGCAUUGGCCAAAGUUCACUGCACAGAGGGAGAAAACUGGAUUGGAAUGAAACCACAUCCACCUCUGCUUGUAGCUGGUCUGAACACAUCAUCGCCCUUACUAACCCAUCACUCUGGCUUAGGAUGCAGAAAAGGAACUUCCCUUGAAGGCAAAAGAAAACAGUUCCUUCUUAGAGCCGCUAAAGCCACUGGUCUGAAAGUGACUUUGGGAGGUCAUAAGUUUAUAUCCGUAUCUUUAAGGAAAGCCACACCAAAAUCAAUUUUUUCCAUCCCAUUUUAAAGACCUCCAAAGAAAGGAAGCAGGUGGUUCUUCCAUCUUCAUUGUGAGUUAUUCUAAUGUAUGUGAUUUCUAGUAUAAAUGGAAGAGUUUGAUGUUUGAGGCACUUGUAAACACAAUGGUUCUUACUAUCCCUGUUAUCACAUUUAUUUCAUCUUGACAAGGUACAAUUUUUAAUGACCGAGCACUACAUAUUUACUUAGUAGUUCAAGUAUCCGAUUGAGAGUAUGGUCAAGAUGGGUUUUGAUGACCAUUUGACACAAUUGCAUGAAUUCUCUAGUCUUUUACAUGCAGUUUUUCUAUAGAAAAACAUGAUUAAAAAUUAAAUGUUAAAUGCUAAUGUUUUCUGAAAUGGUAUAGUCUAGUGGUAUUAAUAUCUUGCUUUGGUAUAAUGAUUGUAACUUUUGAAAGUUAAAAUCCAUUAUCUCUUAUCUUCUCAAAAUCCCUGUUACAGAAAGCACAAUUGUUCCUGAUCUACAGAUGCGAGAGCCAGGCCUUAAGGAGUGGUAUAACUAGAUACUAGACAGUGGAACUAGAUACUAGGUCUUCAGCUUCUCCACCAGACUCCUUGCUUUGCUUAUUCUAGCAGCUGAUUUGAAGAAGGUUUUGAGGGGUAAGCAUAUGUCUUUGGGGGUAAUCUUUGAAGGGAAAAAUUUGAUAAAGUUGGAAUAAGUAAGUGAUUUGAAUGAAAUACAUCAUUAUGCAUUAGGUAGAACCAAAAAAAUUGCCAUGUUUAUAGAUCAAAAACAAUUUGUUAUCAAUUUCAUAUAGUUCAACCUAAUAUAUAAUAUGAUGUUUUCCUUCCUUCAAUGGAAAUGUCAUCAUCAAUUCCACUGUCAACAUCAAUAGCCUUAAAAAGAUAAUACGAUAAUGAUAGCUAUCAUUUAUUAAAUGCCUACUAUAUGCCAAACAUGAUACUGAGCAUUUUACCUACAUUAUCCCAAUAUUUCUAACAACUCUCAGUUAGCUGGCCUUGCCCAUUUAACAGACACCAGUUUACAGCAGUUAAAUAAUUAGUCUGAAGGCACCUAAUCAUAUGGGUAUCAGGCUUCAAUUCCUGUGUUAUAUCUACUCCUUCACAGAGAAUAGUUCAGAACAUAGGGAUGGACCAAAGUUAGUAAAUUAUUUUGAUCUCAAAUGCUAACCAUAGUUUAUUGGCAGAGGCUGCUGGGAGUUCUGUGUGGAGAUGGAAUCUGAGAUGAAGGAGAGCCGUGAUCAAUUAGUAAUGCCUGCCUAUGGAGGGGCUCAGUGGCAUUAUGCCUUGUGUAUUGUCACCUGUGACCUCAACUCUGCCACCAUAAGGCUUGUUUUCUCAUUCGGAAGUUUAAAUGAAUCCAACUCACUUGAUAGAGCCUGACACUCCAUGGUGAAAUUUAACGGUAUGACUAGUUUGGAAAUUGCCAUGUCUUGGUACAAAGAAGAAUUUGGCCACAUUACUAUCUCAGACUCAACUGCUUGCUCUUCAUAUGUUGCUGCUCUGUGGCCGUGUGCUGCUUUUUGCUAAGUUACUAUUUGCAUAUUUCCAGGUGAACCAUGAGAAGGCAUGAGGGGAUAAGAGGCCUCGGCUUCUAGGCUUUUACCUUGCUGAUCUCUGCUCUUCAACCGUUUUAGAUUCUGCAAACUCAGUCCUUGCAUCAGAACACGCUUUGGAGAUUUGGGUAUCAAGUGGUCUUUCAAUGAGGGCCUAGUCUCAAGGGACUGUCUAAUAGUCUUACCCGGUAUAGAUAAUGGGACCCAGAGCAAAGUUAGGGAGCAAACAGGUGAUUUAUGCUGGCCCAAUCAAGCAGAGUAUCCUAAGACUAUUUAUUUUAAAUUAUUUAAUUUAUAACUAAUGCCCUCUAUUUGUAUGUGGCAGCUGGAGAUUUCUGUAGGAUGCAGCUAACUUAUUUAUUUUUAAUUUAAAUAUUUCAUGAUGAAGUGUUUGCCUUGUAUAGAACAUUUUCAUUGGCCAAGUCAAAUAAAAAUAAAGUAUGCUUUGUCUGUGACAUCAAUAAACCA